AAGUUCCUGUGGUUGCGUCACUUCCGUCGCGCUUCUGGGCGGCGCCAAGAUGGACGCUCCGCGGGCUCGGGAGCAGCUCCGACGGCGAUACCUGUUCCCGCCGGACACCGAGGCCCCGCUGGACAGCGAGGGCUACGCCGGGCCGGAAACCUCUACAGCUGUUGAAAAAAAGGAGAAACCUCUUCCAAGACUUAAUAUCCAUUCCGGAUUCUGGAUUUUGGCAUCCAUUGUUGUGACCUACUAUGUUGAUUUCUUUAAAACUGUUAAAGAAAACUUUCACACUAGUAGCUGGUUUGUCAUUGGCGGUGCCCUGCUGCUCCUCAGCCUGUCGAUCGCAUGUUACUGUAUUCUCUACCUGGAGUGGUGUCGGGGAAUUGAAGAUUACGACGUCCGGUAUCCCACCUUGAUCCCCGUCACCACUGCUGCUUUUCUUGCGGCUGGAAUUUGCUUCAACGUUGCUCUGUGGCACGUGUGGUCCUUCCUCACUCCACUGGUGUUGUUCACUCAGUUUAUGGGGGUUGUGAUGCUCAUCUCACUGCUUGGCUGAUUUCUAAAGGUUUUAGAGCGUGUCAGUGUGAAUGCUUCCAUGGCCAGCCAGAAGAAGGCACCGCAGACGGAAUGCAAAGGCUACAAUGUGUUUUUGCUUCUAGGAAGUGAGUGGUUUCCUGGGAAAAAUUAUAACUUUGCAGUCUGGUUGAAAUCAGAAUAAAUUCAAGCUCAUUUGCCUAUUCUUAAACUCAACAGUUAUUGAAUUUUUCAAAUUCAAAACAGAAAUCUCCUGUUCAAAUAGAAGUAAUUAAUUUGCAGUGUUAAUCUGAAUCAUUGGAGCAAGUAUUGGUGUAAAUAUUUAAGUAGCGUUUCAUUAUAGGUACAUGGUGUCCUCCUAAAAUGGCAGAUAAAUUGUUGACUCCUUGGUUGUAUACGAUCACUGGGUAUAUAUAAAGGAAUGAUCGUGUCCUGUGCCUUUAACCCAGCUUUAGCAAUUACUGUAUUUCUCAUUUUUAUAAUAGUCUUGUUAGGUGAGAGGACCAACUGGAAGCAUUUUAUGUGUUCCUAUCACUUUAGAUGUUAUCAUGUGUACAUUACCGGGUUUCUAGCAUUUAUUUAAUGUAGAUUUAAGUAUGUGUAAUUUUUUCCUUAACGUUUAAAUAAAUAUUUUUAUAACUUUUUUAUGGGUUUUCUUACUACAAAUUUUGGAAAGUGUUUUCAGCUAUUAGCACUUGGAGUUAACUAAAGGAAUAGGGCUUCUUAAGACGUGUUCUUCAAAGACAUCAGGAAGACACAGUUCACACUGUCAGAUGCAAAUAUGUUUACGUUAAACUCAAAUGUCAUACAAGUUGUGGUGUUGAUCCUCACCCCACCCCCUUAUAGGACUUCUGCCAAUGGUGGGAUUCAGCCACCCACCAGCUGUGUCUGGCUUGGACACCCCCCUCCCCCACACACACACCUACCAUUACUGGGCCUGGGGUAGUAAUCUUUCUCCAGCUGGGAAGUGGGAACAAUAUCUGUUUUGUAGGGCUGUGGAUAAUAGGAAUAAUGUUAACAAAACACCUGUUACAGUGCCUGGUACACAGUAGGCACUCAUUCCAUUAAUGGUAAUGGAAAGAGAACGAAAGACCAAGUAGAUCAGGAUCAGGAGUGGGAAAAGGUGGUCAUGAUCAAUGAGCAGACUCAAGCCCAGUCUGGGUACACACACGUGAGAAUUUCAUUACAAGUCAGGAGCAAGGUCAGACAGAGGUCAGAGUCAGGUAGCCACGUCAGGGAUGUGGUCAGGGAUGUGGGGGUUUCAGCGCAGGGUGGAGGGUGCAAACCCUGGGUGUUAGGAUGAGAGUGAGUAAGGGACAGGUGGGGCAAGGUAGAGAGAGAGAGAGGUAGGGGGCUACCUGAUGAGGCUCAGCAGAAAUCCCCCAAAUGCUGAGGUGUGAGGAAACGAGAGAUAAGGGAACAUCAUUUGUCUUAAACCUAGAGGUGAGAUACUCAAAGGAAUAGUGAUCUGUUCCUUUGGUGCUCUCAGUGGUGACGUCAAGAAGACUGACGUUCCCUGAUGAAUUUUCUAUAAAAGACUGACCAUAAAAGCCCUCAGUGGCAACCCAUUCGGGAGCCUCUCAUCCGAGAGCUUUUUCUUUCCUUUCUGUUCCCACCUUCGCUUAAUAAACUUCCACUCCACUUCA